AUGAAUUCAAGCUCCGGGUCUUCAGACGUUUCCCGUCGGCUCGCCGUAGCUGCGGCGGUGGCUGUGGGGGCGGUUGGCGUCGGCGCCGGCCUCUACUAUUUGAGCAAGAAGAAGCCAACCGUGGCGGAUAAGAAAAAGGAAGCUGCUGCUAAAAGCUUGGAACAAGAGUCGACGCCGAGUAAACUGUCGCGUAUGACCGCCUUGGAACUGAAGGAGUUGGGCAACAAGCUGUUCUCGGUCAAGAAAUAUGAAAGAGCCAUCGAGAUCUUUACACACGCCAUCGAAAAAUGUGGCCCAGGAGAUGAGGAAUUGGCCGCUGCUUGCUUUCAAAAUCGGGCUGCUUCGCGCGAGUUUCUUCCGAACGCUUCCCUAGAGGAGAUCAUUGCUGACUGUCAGAUGGCCAUUAACAAUAGGCCAGGAUACGGCAAAGCUUACAUGCGCAAGGCCCGGCAGUAUGAGAAGCAAGGGAAAAAUCGGGACGCUCUAAUCGAACUUUUCACCGCAACUCACGUCGAGCCGUCUCUCGACAGCAAUAUUGGGGAAAUGUUGGGACGAAUUGCCGGAGUUGUAGCCGAGGAAGAGAAGAAGCUUUGGAUCGAGGAAAAUCAGCCCAAGAAUCAGCUCACCCCCGUUAGACAUGAAAAGGUUUAUGCUUGGCUUCGUAAAUUCGGCGAGCACGAUCCGGUUCGGUGUGAUAUCGUCAAUGGAGUUGUGGCUGACGGCCCGUACUACGAUGCGCUGAAAUUGAUCCGUGAUAGGAAGUACGAUGAUGUGGUUGACACGCUGACGCCGGUUGACGAAUCCGAAGUCACGUUGGCCGACUACUUGAAAGUGCUUUUGCUGCUCGCUCGCUUCCAAUACUGGCAAAACCGAAGAUCCUUGGCUGAUGACUCUCUGAUCAAAUUCGAGGAGAAGUUUGCUACAUUGGCCGAAGUGGACAAGGAGAUGUUCGGCGACUACAUGAAAGCACGGCUCUGUUUGUCCAUUGAAAUAGCUCGGGAUAAAGAUGAGCUGAAGCCGCUCUUCGAGAAAGCGAUUGGCAUCGACAAGGAGUACAUUGACUUCUACACCACAGCCGUAAUUCGCUACACUCAAAUGAAUGAAAUCGAGGCGGCAAAUGAGGUUAGCUCCAGCGAAGGAAUCGUUCCAACGACUAACUUGAGCCUCGCCAAGUUGAUGGUCGGUAUCCUGCUGGGUGUGAAGAAUCAAGAUAUGUCCCUGGCGAUGGACAGCCCGACGCCUUACGCGCUCUCAUUACUCUCCAAGGUCUACACCCUCUUCCAAAGCCCCGCCGAUGCCCUCGAGAACAUCAACAAGGUCCUGGAGAUGGAGCCAAACGAGAGCGCGCACUACUUUGAAUCCUCGUUAAUGUCGAGUAGCGAAGAUGAAAUGUGGACUCGCCUGAACCGUUGUAUUGAGCUCGAGCCGCAUCAUGCCGAGGCCAAUCUGAUGCUUGCGUCCCUUCGCGUCAACAAGGGCGGAGCGGCAGCUAUCUCUUUGGAGGAUUACAACUUCUGCUGUGCUUGCCUCGAUCGAGCGAUGAAGGUCUUUGUGCCGGACUCUGUGGACUUCCCGGUCGUCGACUCCGUCUUCCAGAUGAUGGCCGUGCUCAAGACGAAGCGUGAGGCCGGCGUCCGCCUCGGCGUCGAA